AUGAACGAAGCACUUUGCUCGAUUCUUUGUGAUCAAGACAAGUGGUCGUUUGACCCGUACGUUUGUAAAUUCAUCAAAUUCAACAAGGACGGGACCGGCGAGCUAUGGUGCGUGAAAGAUAUGACGUAUAUCUUCGCCGUCAACCUCGAAUGGAAGAGCAUCCCGCUACCUAAAUCGGAUGAAGCCAUUGAGACUGCCGAAACCAAAACCACAGCGAAUGGAAAGCCUCAACUCCUAGGCAAACUAAAUCUCGAGAUCACGCUUAACACAAGCGUGGCAAAUUCUCUAACUGGGUGGUUGCCAAACUGGCCUAGUCCAAAUGAGCAUUACCUUUCAGAGGCUGCCUUUCGAACAAGAUCUUUCACGGCCGCGAUCGAAAAGGGAAAUUUUAUACCCAAUCUUUGGGUUGGAUACGAGGGCAAGUUUAAACAACGAUGGGGUCUCCGUUUGCUGUUUGACAAAUCGCCAUAUCCUACACGAGAGGGGUUGAAGUCUCUAGACGAGGUUCCCAUUUCAGUCGAUGAACUCGAUGAGAUGGUGACUUUCCUCGCUAGACGUUUGCCCGACUCGGAGACGAGAGGAAAAGCCAUGAAUGAUGAUUCUUAUGCGGGCUUUCGAGGAAGUUGCUCGGUAUCCUAG